GUAGAAACGUACACAAACAUUGCAACUUUCCUGUAGGUGAUCGGAAAUGGACCUAAUACUGCUUGCUGGAAUCGCAACUGCACUGCUCGUUGUGCUAGUUACACUUUUAUUCCUUAACAAAAGCAAAACAAAGAGUGACGGGUCUGGUGCUGCACCAGCACCACCAGUACAGGCCGAGGAGAAUGUUCCACGUCGCGCACAGGUGGUGCGAAACCAAAGGAAUCGAGCCCGUGUUGCCCAGCUAGCUGAACCCGUAGCCGAUUCGGAAGAGGAAGAUACCAUACCGCAGGCGCAGCAUGACUACGCCGGUGAAAAGAUGGGCGCUAAAAAGCGGGCCAAGCUGGAAGCGAAGGCCCAAAAGAAGACGGAGCGCGAGCACGAGCUAAGGCACCGCGAGGAGCAAAAAAAGCGAGACGCUCUGUUGGAGGAAGAACGCCGGAAACAGGCAGAAAAGGAGGAACAGGCCGAAAAGAAUCGGGAAGAGGCGGAACGAAUCGCCCGGGAAGAGAAAGAGCGCAAAGAACAUGAGGAGUAUCUGCUGAUGAAACAAGCGUUCAGCGUCGAAGAGGAAGGUUACGAAGAAGAGGACGCGGAUGGGCAGGAUAAUAGUUUGCAAGAGUUUAUCAAGUUCAUUCAGGAUAACAAGGUCGUCGUGCUGGAAGAUUUGGCAGUGCAGUUCAAGAUGAAGGUGCAAGCAGUUAUCGAUCGAAUUGGUGAGCUGCAAAAGGAGGAAAGAAUUACUGGCGUGAUAGACGAUCGAGGCAAAUUCAUUUACGUGUCGGAAGAGGAACUCAAAUCAGUGGCCAAGUUCAUUAAGCAGCGAGGACGCAUCUCUAUUACGGAGCUGGCGGAAAACAGUAACCAGCUGAUACAUUUGGCACCGGUCGUUGCUUCCGAAGGCGCCUAA